AUGAGUCCCUGGGUGGCUCUAUUGAUUAAUUUACUACUGGCUGUUGACAAGGCGGAUUCUAAAAAAGAUGUCAAAUGUGGAGGGAUCCAUUCUGCUCCGUCUGGGAACAUCUCCAGCCCCAACUUCCCAGGCCCAUAUCCCUACAACCUGGACUGCUCCUGGCUCAUUGUGGUGGCAGAGGGCUCCUCCGUCCUCCUGACCUUUCACCACUUCGAGCUGGAGUACCACACCAGCUGUGCUUAUGACUACAUCAGAAUCUACAAUGGCAUAUCGGAGGAUGAGGGAAACCUCCUUGGGACAUUUUGCGGUGACAUCGCUCCACCUCAGUUCACCUCGUCCUGGAAUGUCAUGUCCAUUAUCUUUCAUUCAGACCGCCAUGUGGCCCACAGGGGCUUCAGCGUUGGCUACAGAAAAGACAUGUGUGGUGGCUUCCUAACUGGCCUGUCCGGUGUGAUCACCAGUCCGGGCUACCCUCAGGAGUACAGCAACAACGCCGACUGCUCCUGGUCCAUCCAUGUGUCCAACAGCACCGUGGUCACCUUGGUCUUCCUGGAUUUUCAGCUGGAGAACAAUGAAGAGUGCAACUUUGACUUUGUCGCCUUGUUUGAUGGGCCAACAGUCAGCCACCGCCACCUGGGCAAAUACUGCGGCACGGACAACCCCCCCUCCGUCGUCACCACCUCCAACCAGCUCUCCGUGGUUUUUAAAUCAGACUUCAACAUCGGGGGACGAGGGUUCAAGGCCUACUACUACUCAGGUGAAUGUCAGCAGGUUCUAUCAGAUGUAAGUGGCAACUUCAGCAGCCCCCAUUUCCCCAACAUCUAUCCCAACAACAUCAACUGUCACUGGAGCAUCACUCUAGCAGCUGGGUACCGCAUCAAACUCUUCUUCCCCAUCAUGGACUUAGAGGAUCGUAACAGCCUGUCAGACGAGUGUGACUAUGAUUCCGUUGCUGUUUACGACGGAGACAGCCACACAGACGCGCUUCUGGGACGCUGGUGUGGCAGGGAGCAGCCUUCCUCCCUCAUCUCAAAGGGAAACAAGCUGCUAGUGGUGCUCAACACAGACAGAAAUGAAGCUCACAGAGGGUUCACCGCCUCGUAUCUUGGAGUGGUGCCUGUAAAUGUUAGCUGCACAAGAUCAGAGUUCACCAUUUUGAUACCUCAGCAGUCUUUACCUCAGCUGGACCGAGAGAGUAUCUACCUGGGAAAUCCAACCUGUGCAGCGCAGUUAACGGCCACCUCGUAUAAGAUACUGGCUCAGUUUGUCAACUGUGGUACAGCAAGCCAGAAACAUCGCAACAUCACCAUGCUGGUAAAUAAACUCUACAUUGAUUUUUCUGAUGGGAAGCAGCAUAAUGUACAAGAAUAUAAGGUGCAGUGUGAUGCCCUGAGGAAGAUUGCAUCGGUGUCCAUUAUUUCAGCAGAGGAGCGGCGUCUUGAGGAGCAGGCCCAACAAUCUGACACUGAUAGUAACAUCGAUGCAGGAGAGAAGAAAGCUGAGUCUCAUGACUUUAGUGAUAUUGUCUUCAUUAGCAUCUGUGUUCUGGCUGUAAUUCUGAUGGUAAUAGCUAUUGUUUGGCUUGUGCUGCUUUAGUCAUUUAUAUUGUGCACAUUGAACUGUCAAACAAGGAAAGGGCUUAAAUUAAUUUGUCAUAUUUUAUUGACUUUCUAUGUUUACCGACAGUAUUAAACAAAACACCGGUCAACAAAGACUCCAUUAUUUCAGUACAAACAAUGGCAAUUUCAUCACAACCAACAAUAAAGUUUCAUCUUCUUGACAAUAAGCUACAAGCAGUAAAAAAAACAGUGUGCCACAAAAUGUAAAAGUAUUUUAUAUGUC